GUUUGUCCUUCAGUGCUAAACAUAAAGCAGUCACCACUUUUCACCCGCAGCAAACCCGGAAUACGUGUUCUUGAAAGGAAACUACACCGCUGUGGAUCAUGGCGGCAAAGAUUUUGCCCGUAGUGAAACUGGCCGCCAAGGUGACCAUAGCAGGAGGAGCUCUGUAUGUGGCCUGUGACUCUGGUCUGCAGAAGGCCACGGCUGCCAUACCCCCCACCGUACAGGAAUGGAUGAAGUACUUCGGCCUGGAGGCUCAGCUCCCAGCCAUGCCGAAGGUUGAAUUCUCUCCCGUUCAGUUGUGGAAUUCUGGAGUACGGUGGACGGUGUCAUCUCUUUCGGAGGCUCCAAUGAAGGCAACUGAAUAUUCAAGUCAGGGUCUGCAGUACCUGAAAGACCUCACCAAGUGAACUGGAAGUCUGGGCAACCAGACAUUUAUCCAUCUUUUUGACUCUUGCACUUGA